CAGUGAACGCAACCCUGUCUGUCAUCGCAGACCUCGUCGCCCCUAAACAUGUUAGAUGCCAUGCCGAAUCUAGUAUAUCAAACGCUCGACGGAGUGCAUCAUCCCCAUGCCACUUGUUCGGUCCGGCUGGGCUGCAGAGGCCAAGACGCUUGCUUUGCGGACUUUGGUAGCCCGUAGCGUGCCCCUUUCUCCCCCCCUCUUACUGCCCGCUUGUCCUAUAGUAUCGGUACCUCUUACGUCUCGCAGCUUAGCAGGUGGGCGAAGUUGGUGGUUGAAACUCGUCUCGUCAAAAGUUUCUGCCCCCUUUUCUUGGGGACCGGCUGAACUCAUAUGGCCGCCGUUACAUCUGGUGUGCCUGUCGAUAUUGACAGGGCAGAAUCACUCAUCAAAUGAAGGCGUUCCCGUCCGUGCGAGCGCCGACGCGGCAUUCAAAGGACCGAAUUCGUCGCUAUUAGACCGUUUCCCGAAGGGGUGGUGUGUAUGGAUGCCCCUUGUACUACCACCUAUAUAUGGUAGUUUAUCGCACGGGAAUUUUUGUAGAGCAGGGGGGGUGGGGGGCGUGCUGUAUACCCAGACCCGGGGCCAGCGACGAUCACUCACGUCCAUCGGCAGCAAGCGCUCAGACACGGCCGGUGAUCAAUGACGGGUGCUGGGCAUGAUCCAUGAACCCCGUCCCGUCUUCUAGAACCCUGCCGCCCGUCGUUGCGCGCGUGCUGCUCAACCGCCCUGGAAGAGAGAGGCUUGCUUUCUCUUGUCCGACAGUACAAACUGUAGUAUACUUGACCACAUC